ACACAUUGAUCUUCAUUAAUCUUUCACUUUACGAACAACACACAUUCUUUCCAGUACUAGGAAUGUCGACAAUUAUGAUAAUUUCGAUGUCUUUCAUUUUCUUCCUUCAUGUUCUUCCUGCAGCUAUGAUCCAGAGUCUGCCAUUGGCACCAGCUUUGUAUGUUUUUGGAGAUUCCUUGUUCGAUAGCGGCAAUAACAAUUUGUUGCCCACCGUUGCCAAGGCAGAUUACCUCCCCUAUGGUAUCAACUUUGCCAAAGGAGUUACUGGAAGAUUCACCAAUGGCAAAACAAUUGCAGAUUUUAUAGCUGAGUUUCUAGGGCUACCUUAUUCUCCACCAUUCAUGAGUAUACGGAGAACAACACCACUGACAGGUUUGAACUAUGCUUCUGGGUCCUGUGGCAUUCUUCCUGAAACUGGAAACCUAUAUGGAAAAUGCUUGAAUUUAAAUGAACAGAUAAAUCUGUUCGAGAGGACGGUCAAGUCAGGAUUAGAAAGGCAUGCAUGCAUGCAAUAUUUCAACAUGAGCUCGAAUGAGCUCUCAGAUUACUUGUCUAAGUCCAUAUUUAUAUUCUCUGUGGGAAGCAAUGACUACCUCAAUAACUACCUUGAACCUAACGUGUACGAUACAAGCAAGCGUUACCCUCCUCAACCCUUCGCUCAGUUCCUCGUGGAUACACUCGGCAAGGUUUUUCAAAGAUUAUAUAAUUUAGGAGGCAGGAAGAUAAUCAUGUUUGAAAUCGGCCCCAUUGGAUGCAUCCCAUCAAUUACAAGGAAAAAGAAGCACAACGCCGGGCAAUGUGUGGAAGAAACAAAUCAGAUUGUGUCAUUUUUUAAUCAGAGACUCCCAGCGUUUCUCAACAAUCUUACAUCCACUCUCCAUGGCUCCACCUUUAUCCUUGCCCAAGCUAAUUUUCUUGGCUAUGAUGCAAUCAUAAAUCCUUCUAAAUAUGGCUUAGAGGACUCGAACUCCCCAUGUUGUACUACGUGGGCAAAUGGGACUUCUGGGUGCAUUCCAUUUAUAACUCCCUGCCUUCAUGCCUAUAAAAACUUCUUUUGGGAUGCCUUUCAUCUUACAGAAGCCGCGUAUUCUCUCAUAGCAACACGAUGCUUCAAUGACUCAAUUUGCUCCCCAUUCAACAUCAAGGAGCUCGUGCGAAUGUAAAGUACUGCGUGUACACAUUUUAUGAUAUAUAUAUAUAUAUAUAUAUAAAUCACGUCAGCAAUAUUGUUGCUAGCUAGCUAUAGAUAAGUUGAUCAGAGAUGGCCUUUACAAGAACGUAAAUUUUAGUAAAAUUAAAGGAAUUUUAUGUAUGAAUGUGAUAGCUAGCUAGUAAUUCAGUUGCUGCGCGCAUGUU